UCUCCAUCGGAUAAAAAACUAGAAAAUGGAGUGAGGAAUGGGAUUGUUUAUCAAUUUCUUUUAUUUGUGAAGUUUUUCAGGAUUUUUAGUAGCAUUGUAACCAUUCUAAAUGUGUAGCACACAAUUUAUUCGCAAAAGUGAUGGUCGUUUGUUAUCGUCCUGAUAUAACAGUGCAAUGGCAAAGAAAAGGAAACCAGGGUCGAAGGCCGCUACGCGUCGCACGCCACGACGAGGCAAGCAGGCCGUGGCAGCGGCUGACGACGGCGCCACUUCUGCGGGUAGCGCCGCGCCCGCUGCGCUUGACCCCCAGGACGCCUCCGCGGAGCAAGCCCUCGCAGAGCCCUCUGUCCCUCCUACUCAAGACCCACCACCUUCUGAUCCACAAACUUCAGGAACACCUACAAUCAAUCAUAAUCUAGUUCCAACUGUAGUAUUACACAAGAAAUUUGGCAAGUACCGCUGUCUCUUCAACAAUGAUGACACGUUCACCAGAAAAUAUGAUCUUGGCAGUGAUAGUGAAACAAAUAGUAGUAUUGAAAUAAGGGUUGUUGACCCCUGUGCUAGCUCAGAAUCUGACUCGAAUGCUGCUCUGGACACACAGUCUGAUACCAAUAGUGGUGCUUGUCCCAGUCCAUUGGACACCAAUGGAAAUGCAGCACUCAGCAGUUCUAGAGAUAUAUCACCUGUCACAGUGCUGAAUGACGUUCCUUUACCUGCUGAUAUUCCUUUACCAAGUGAUAAUAUUGAGAUAACUGACAAAAUCGAGUUGGAAACGGUUCCUCUCCCACCACCCUUAGAUUCCGAGCCAGUUUCACCUAGUAUAUGUGAGAUGGUUCCUCAGGAGCAGAUAAUGGAAACUGUAGAUUUAAGCAGUAUCCCUGAACCUGAGCCACUAAAUCAUGACAUUCCACUGGAUGAAGAACAGAUAGAAUAUAAUGAUAAUGAUGAUGAUGAUGAAGUAAUUACAGUUGUCCAGAUUGUUGAGGAUGACCAUCCAGAGCUACAGGGCUAUUACAGUAUCAAAAUAGAUAGCCCAAAGGAGGAAACAACAGAACAUGCCAGUGAUGUGCCUGAGGAGUUGGAUAGUAAAAGACAAGAUGUGGACUUUCAAAAGCAUUUUGAGCAGUUAAAUAUAGCCACUUCCUUGGAAUCUAAUGGUAUUUCGCCUAUGGAUUGUUCAGAUAUGAACAACAGGACACCUCCAUGUGGAACCCCAGACCUGCAGUUCCAGAAAGACAACUUAGAUAUUACUAGACCAGAUCCCAGUGUAACUCCAAGCUCUACUCUGUCUGAUGAUAGCAACUCAUCUAGAGUCACAGAACAAAAUCAAAACAAUUCAAAUGAUUCUGCAGAGUCCUCACCAACUGGAGUGCGAAGAUCAAAUCGAAUCAAAACCAUCAGUAAUAUGAAGCAGAAGACAAAAGGAUAUGGCUUAGUAAAAACACCUUUGAAGAAAGCUUUGAUAACACAAACUAAAUUAAAGCUGGAGGAACUGGGGUCAGACAGCCAGGAAAAAUCCUCAGACUUAUUGAAUUCCACUCCUAAUUCCCCCUCAUUUCCUGUACCUUCAGACAUGCCAGUCAAGGUGAAGUCUAGAUGGCGUAGGUCUAGUGAAUUGGAAAUGGGUGCAAACUCGCCAGCAAACUCUCCUUUAGCUAGUCCUAGUUUACCCCAGAAGUUACAGCCUAUAAAUGAGGCUCAAAACAUGCCUGAAGAGGAUGCCACACCCACACCACUGUCUAAGGAGAGCUAUGACAGAAUCAUUGAAGAGAGAAUGAAUCAAUUCCAGCAUUUGGAAGAGAAUGAGUACUUGUGUGAGAGGAUGGUCAGUAAGGAGACUAAGAAGAUGAUCUGUGACUGUUUUAUGACCAAAGAGGAGUUGGAGAGAGGAGAGCUGGCUUGUGGAGAAGACUGUUUGAAUAGACUGCUAAUGAUUGAAUGUAAUUCAAGAUGUCCAGUUGGUGACCGCUGUACUAAUAGAAGGUUCCAGAAGCGACAUAAUGCUGCACUGAAAGUGUUUUAUGCUGAUAAGAAAGGCUGUGGAGUGGAAGCGGAUAUUGAUAUUCCAGCAGGCGAAUUCCUAAUGGAGUACGUAGGGGAGGUGUUAGACUAUGACCAGUUCUACAAGCGAGCACAGGCAUACUCGGAUGAGAACAACAUGCAUCAUUACUUCAUGUCGCUCAAGGGAGACACGGUCAUCGAUGCAACCCUCAAAGGCAACAUAUCUCGGUUCAUCAACCACUCCUGUGACCCUAAUGCUGAGACACAGAAGUGGACUGUCAAUGGGGAGCUAAGGAUUGGCUUCUUUAGCAAGCGGGACAUCGUGUCUGGCGAGGAGAUCACAUUUGACUAUCAGUUCCAGCGGUUUGGAAAGGUGGCGCAGCGCUGCUACUGCGGCGCGGACAACUGCCGCGGGUGGAUCGGAGCGGAGCCCGACUCCGACGAUGAUGAUGAAGAGGAGGAGGAAGACGUAUCAACAUCGAAGGCCGGCAAGGAGUCGUCGGAGGAGUCUCGCACGACAGACGCGACGGCCGAGGCGCCCCUGGAGCGCGUUCGCAAACCACGCCGGGAGAGGAAGUACAAGCCUAAAGCCAAGGAUAUGGAGCAGGACGCUGAUAUCGAGGAAGACCUAGAAGCGUUGUCCCGCACGGGCGUCAAGAACCAGAGCCACACGCUCCGCUUGUCCCGCACGGUGGUCCGCGCCAAGACGCGGCGCGCGCAGGCGGCGCUGCUGCGGCUGCUGCGCGACGCCGACCUGCCGUGCCGGCGGCUGUUCCUGGACUACCGCGGGCUCCGGCUGCUCGCGCCCUGGUGCAACGACGCGCCGCUGGACUUCAGGUUGGAGAUGCUGAACGCAGUGGACCGGCUGCCGAUAUCCAACAAAACCUUAGUGCAGGAGAGCCGCUUCAUCACCAUCGUGGAGCGCUGGCUGAGUGCUGCUGACUGCCCGCCGCCUGAAGUGUUCCUAGACGAGGCUACUGGUCUACCAGUAGACCUUCCCAACCGGCCCGCGCAAGACGCCGCGGCGGCAGACAAGAGUAAGGAGAAUGCCGCCAUGCUGGAGAAGAUCAAGGACUUAUCCACGCAGCUGCUAGAGAGAUGGUCCAGUUUAAAGGAAGUAUUCAAGAUCCCAAAGAAGGAGCGGAUACAGCAGAUGAAGGAACACGAACGUCAGGCCAAUGUUGAGAGGCGAGCGGCCGACUCGAGCGGGUCACGGGACCGGGAGCGGCGCGACGAGCGGGAACGACGGGAAGAGCGUGACCGGGAACGUGAACGGGACCGGGACCGUGAACGGGAGCGUGAACGAGACCGCGAGAGAGACCGCGAGAGGGACAGGGACAGAGAGAGGGAUAGGGACAGAGAUCGCUACAGAGAAAGGGAUCGGGAUAGAGAUGACAGGGAUAGAAGAAAAAGAAGGAGCAGUCCCGAUGGCCGGAGGAGCAUCAGACUGAGCGAGCGCGUGUUAGCAGCGGUGCCUCCGAUGAGCAAGGAGGAGCGGCGGCGCGCCUUCGCCGAAGCAGCCGCCGCGGCUGAGGAAAGUCGUCGGCAGAGGGAGCACUACCACUACUGGCCGCCCGACGGGUUUGCGCAGAUGUUCCCAGCGGGUAUGGGCAUGGGCAUGCCCGGUGGUUUGGGCAGCAGUAUACCCGGUGGUUUGGGCAGCAGUAUACCCGGUGGUUUGGGCAACGGCAUGCCCGGUGGUUUGGGCAGCGGCAUCCCCGGUGGUUUGGGCAGCGGCAUCCCCGGUGGUUUGGGCAAUGGUAUGCCCGGUGGUUUGGGCAGUGGGAUGCCUGGUGGGCUAGGCAGUGGGAUGCCUGGUGGGCUAGGCAGUGGCAUGCCCGGCGGUCUAGGCGGAGGUCUGGGCAGUGGUAUGCCUGGAAACAUGGUUGUGGGCGAGGAUUUCCCGCCGCAAGGCUUCUACCCGCCUUUCGCGCCGCCACACAACAUGUGCUUGCCGCAGCACAAUAUGGGCGUGAUGAGUAUGGGCGGGUACUCCAUGGGCCAGCUGGGCGCGCUGGGCGGCGGGUUCAUGUUCGGGCAGCAGCUGGGCUACCCGCCGCCCGCGCCCACCGCUCCCCUAGGCCCGCGACAGCCGCCGCCACAACCGCCACAACCACCAGAGGAGCCAGCGGAAGUAGUGUUACCGUCGAUGUGGCGCAGCGCAGUGGACUCGCGCGGGCGCACCUACUACUACCACGUGAAGCUGCGACAGCCGCAGUGGUUGCCGCCCACGCCGCCGCAGUUCGAGCCCGAAGAGAGUUCGUCGGAAGAAGAGGAGGAUAACCCAGCGGACAACAUGAUGCGGCUGCCGGCCAUGGGGAAGCUUGUCGAAGGCGUCAACGGCAUCUACGAAGUGAUAAAGGAGCAGGCUAAGAAUGGUCUCAUCCCGGAUCAUGCGCUGGUGAGCAUGAAGCCGCGCAAGCGACGCCCCGGCCUUGUCUCCGAAAGACCGAUUAGUCCGCGAACAGAGGAGGACAAGUUGGCGGGCCGCAUGGAGGUGAAGCGGUACAAGCAGACGAAGGAGAAGCUGCGCCGGCGCCGCGAGCGGCUGCUGCACCGCGUGCGCCAGCUGGCCGCGCGCCCGCGCUCGCACGCGCCGCACGACCGGAUCGAACUGGACUCCGAGUCAGACUCCGAGGUGGAGAUAGAAGAAUCUUCAGCACCCCCAGUGGUGGCCGCACCCCCGUCCCCACCCCCCGCUCCAGCCCCCGCUCCCGCCCCCGUCGACACGGAGGAAGCGGCGAGGAAGAUCAAGGAGCAGUUCCGGAGCGCCAUGGCUCGCGUCAUGGUGCAACACCUCAACCCGUACCGGCAUUCUGAGGCGAAGGCUGGACGGAUCACUUGUACCGCUGAUUUCAAGCAUUUGGCUAGAAAGUUGACCCACUUCGUGAUGCUGAAGGAACUGAAGCACUGUCGGGCUGUCGAAGAGCUGAUAGUCACCGACUCGGUGCGUUCCAAGGCCAAGAUGUUUGUCAAGAAGUACAUGGCGAAGUUCGGGCCGGUGUAUCGGCGACCGCCUGAGGAGGCAGACUAGCGGCGAACCAAUACUGCGCCAAGUAAGACUAACUAGAUGAAUAGUCAGAAAAUACUAUAGGUUCGACCUCCAAGAGACGUGGUUGGCGGUUGUAGAUAGCGAGUUUUAUACCAGCUUACUCGUGCCCAAAAAAAC